GUCCGACCUGUUGGAGGAGACACAUGACUCCGCAGGAAUUUCCUCCCCCUUCCUCCCGCUGCUCCCGUGCUUUGUCCAGCCGGAGUCUUUCCAGUGGGAGACGCAGGGUGAGAGCCAGAGGGAGAGGGGGAGUUACCGAGGAGAGAGACUCGGCUCGAUAUAAAGAUGUCGGAACCAGCCGCUAACCCCGCUGCCACCUCGUUCCCAGCGCCGUAUAUCACGCUUCCUUUGGGACUGCCGGUGCUGAGAACUUAUUCCGGAGUGCUCGUUUGUUUAGAAAUAUUAUUCGGUGGUCUAGUAUGGAUCCUGGUGGCGUCCUCCAGGGUACCCGUGCCUCUACUGCAGGGCUGGGUGAUGUUUGUGUCGCUCACCACCUUCUUCCUCUCCUCCGUGUACCUCUCGCUCUUCAUCACUGGCCUGGCUGACCGCAUCAACACCGACUGGAAUGUCUUGGAUGUGGUCUACCAUUUUUGGGCUUUGCUCUUCUACUUUGCUGCCUUUGUGUUGGAGGCAGCAACUACAGCAGCUAAUGGAGGAGCCCGCAUCAAGGCGCUGCCCAACAGCACUGAAACGGUCCUGUGUAUAACCCAACCUCGGGGCAAUAUAUUCACCGUGCUGAAUGAGAGGCAAUAUGGUAUUAAUGUUGCAGCCACGAUAUUUGCAUUUGUGGUGACAAUAUGCUACGGCUGCAGCAUGGCGAUGGGCUUCAAGAGGUGGAGGAUGUAACCUCGCAACCCAGCAACAAACUAGUUUAGUAACCGCUUCAUAACUUAACUAAAGUCCUUUUAUCCAGCUCCGCUCAGUGCACCGUUUCUUCCCAAAACUAACAUCCUCCGAGGAAAAAAUCGAGAUGACAAGAUUUCUGAACAAUAGUAUUUGUGCAUCUUCUUCUGUGCUAUCGAUAUGUCUGGGCGGUCAGAGACAUGGCUGUUCAAGGUGUUUCGAGGGACGGGGUUAAAGAAGAGCGGUUUUAGUUGCGUAUACUGUACCGUGAAUGUAAAAAGAUAUACAGGGAUCAUUUUUCAGUCCACUUGGGUGAUACUACAAUUUCCUGAACACUGACCGUUUCUAAAAAAUACAAAAGCAUGCCUAUGAAUGCUGCUUACAGGUUAUGUACAGCCGUACAUCCUCAUUGCAGGGAAUAUAUCCCCUCUCCCAGCACAAGAGUCAUGCUGUAUCUCUGUAUGCUGCUUCUGGGUUUCGCACAGCAGAAAACGAACGUGAUAAUGGCAUUUGUCUGGUUACCUUGGUGCUAAGGAGCUGUUAACACACUCUAGUUUUAACACGCCUGACUGUGAUUACAUGCUUUCGUGGCCACUAUUUAUAAUGUGAGUGGAUCUGAUAUUUAAAUUUCAACAUUGUAAUUUCUUUUCGUGGAGCUUUUUGUCAAAUUGUUUUAUUGGCCAUAGCGUGUUUUCAACAGUAUUUUACAUUCCCAGUCCACAUUAUUCACACAACAAUAUCGGCUACUGUUUAAACUUGCUGAGUGCUGUCCUGUGUUGCUAACACCAUGUGAGUUACUGAAUAGGUUUGUCAUACGGGAGUUCUACUUCAAACUAAUCGUCUAAUCAAUCACCGAUAGAGUAGCUUUUUGUCAACUACUAUACCGGAAACCGUGAUAAUUAUCUAUUAAUGGAUCAUUUAAGUUGUGUUGUUUGAAUGUGUGUAGAGUUUGAUCCUAAUUGUAAUUCUGUUAAGGCAUCAUAACGUUCCAAAAUCAAUAACUAUCUUGCUACAUGAUUUAGUAGUUAAUAUAUGGUGUUUAAUUUGUGUUGGCAUCAGGCUAUUAAAUGUUAAUUAUAUAAAAAUUGUUUGUUUUUACACCGGCUGCCUGUUUGUUGGUUUUUGCCAAUUUAAAUAUCUUUCUUUGAGAACUACAGAAAUAAAGGUUUUGAAGUGAAAAGCUC